CUGUAGAGUCGCGCGGGGCGGGGCCGCGUGAGCGGGGUCGGGGGCGCGGGCGCGCAGGCCCAAGCGGACUGGAGACGCGGAGGCAGUUGGCGGUGGCUGACGGAAAGUCCUGGCAGGACUGGGAGGGACUGCGGCGCAGAUACCGGUCCCGCGGGCAGAAGCGGAGACCGCGGGUUGAGGCGGCCGUUCCAACGCGUGCUCUCUAGGCGGGGUGCGGCGGGGAUGUGCCUGCCCCGGCCGGGCGGAGUCUCUGUGACAGGGCGGGGGAUGCGAGGACGCCGCUUGCUCGGACCCUAGGGCGGCUGGGCCCACCCUCGCUGAACCGUCCGACCCCCGGCGGCCUCGGCCUCUGCUGUUUUUGUCCGGCCUGACCCUGGAAACCGAGGGUGGGAAGCGGCUACUGCAGAAGAGGAAGGGGCUGAGGUGGCCACCGCGGCACAGCCCGAGUUCUUUUGCCAAGAAGAUGGUUUUCCAAGUCCUGAAUGCAUACUGUCCGUUCUGAUGGGACAAGAUCCAAUAUGAAUGUAAGUGAUGGAGGAAGACGACGCUUUGAGGAUAAUGAACAUACAUUACGAAUAUAUCCCGGGACAAUUUCAGAAGGAACAAUUUACUGUCCAAUUCCUGCCAGAAAAAACUCCACAGCUGCUGAGGUGAUUGAUUCUCUUAUAAAUAGACUUCACCUAGACAAAACAAAAUGUUACGUCUUAGCAGAGGUAAAGGAAUUUGGUGGAGAAGAAUGGAUACUCAAUCCAACCGACUGUCCAGUUCAAAGAAUGAUGUUAUGGCCUCGGAUGGCUUUGGAAAAUCGCUUGAGUGGAGAGGAUUACCGCUUUCUUCUGAGAGAAAAAAAUCUUGAUGGAUCAAUCCAUUAUGGUAGCCUUCAGUCAUGGCUACGGGUAACCGAAGAACGCCGCAGGAUGAUGGAACGGGGUUUCCUUCCACAGCCUCAACAGAAAGACUUUGAUGAUUUAUGUAGCUUACCUGAUUUGAAUGAGAAAACUCUUUUAGAAAACCUACGGAAUCGCUUUAAGCAUGAAAAAAUUUAUACUUAUGUUGGCAGUAUUCUAAUAGCUAUUAACCCAUUCAAAUUUCUUCCUAUUUAUAACCCUAAAUAUGUCAAAAUGUAUGAUAACCACCAGUUGGGAAAACUUGAACCCCACAUAUAUGCUGUGGCAGAUGUAGCGUAUCAUGCUAUGCUUCAGCGCAAAAAGAAUCAGUGUAUUGUGAUUUCAGGAGAGAGUGGUUCUGGAAAGACACAAAGCACAAACUUUCUUAUUCAUCACCUUACUGCCCUCAGUCAGAAAGGAUUUGCUAGUGGAGUAGAACAGAUUAUUCUUGGAGCUGGACCAGUACUUGAGGCUUUUGGAAAUGCAAAGACAGCUCAUAAUAACAAUUCAAGUCGUUUUGGCAAGUUUAUUCAAGUAAAUUACCAAGAAACAGGCACUGUACUUGGGGCGUAUGUUGAAAAGUAUCUACUGGAGAAAUCUAGACUUGUUUAUCAAGAGCAUAAUGAACGUGAGUUUUCAGAAAAAGCUCUUAGUUCCAUUGUCAUAUUUGAGAUAACAAAGAAACCCCUAAGACAGAACUGGGAUGAUUAUUGCUAUGAUUCUGAGCCGGAUUGCUUCACAGUGGAGGGAGAAGAUUUGAGGCAUGAUUUUGAACGCUUACAAUUGGCCAUGGAAAUGGUAGGAUUUCUCCCCAAGACACGGAGACAGAUUUUCUCUCUGCUCUCAGCAAUACUACAUUUGGGUAAUAUCUCCUAUAAAAAGAAGACCUACCGGGAUGAUUCUAUUGACAUCUGUAAUCCUGAAGUACUGCCUAUUGUCUCAGAAUUAUUAGAAGUUAAAGAAGAGAUGCUCUUUGAAGCAUUAGUUACAAGGAAGACGGUGACAGUGGGAGAAAAACUUAUUUUACCAUAUAAGCUGGCAGAGACUUUGUCCAUUGGUGUUCUUGAUAUUUUUGGGUUUGAAGACUAUGAAAAUAAUAGUUUUGAGCAGUUCUGUAUUAAUUUUGCUAAUGAACGUUUACAACACUACUUUAAUCAGCAUAUCUUUAAGUUGGAACAAGAAGAAUAUAGAACUGAAGGUAUCAGUUGGCACAACAUAGAUUAUAUUGAUAAUACUUGUUGCAUAAAUCUUAUUAGUAAAAAACCAACAGGACUGCUCCAUCUUUUGGAUGAAGAAAGCAAUUUUCCACAGGCUACAAAUCAAACAUUACUAGACAAGUUUAAACAUCAACAUGAAGAGAAUUCUUAUAUUGAAUUUCCAGCUGUCUUGGAACCUGCUUUUAUCAUAAAACAUUAUGCUGGAAAAGUAAAAUAUGGAGUAAAGGAUUUUCGGGAAAAAAAUACAGAUCAUAUGCGUCCAGACAUUGUGGCUCUUCUGAGAAGUAGCAGGAAUGCUUUUGUCUCUGGGAUGACUGGAAUUGAUCCUGUAGCUGUUUUCCGAUGGGCAGUUCUCCGGGCGUUUUUCAGAGCUGUGGUUGCUUUCAGGGAAGCUGGGAAAAGAUACAUUCAGAGAAAAACUGGACAUGAUGAUACAACGCCAUGUGCAAUUUUGAAAAGUAUGGAUAGUUUUAGCUUUCUCCAACACCCAGUCCACCAGAGGAGCUUAGAGAUUCUGCAGAGGUGCAAGGAAGAGAAGUACAGUAUAACCCGUAAAAACCCAAGAACACCUCUUUCUGAUCUUCAGGGCAUGAAUACUCUAAAUGAAAAAAAUCAACAUGAUACAUUUGAUAUUUCUUGGAAUGUCAGAACUGGCAUUCGCCAAAGCAGACUAACGACUAGCAACACUUCCUUGCUUGAUAAAGAUGGGAUAUUUGCUAAUUCAGCAAGCAGCAAACUCCUGGAAAGAGCUCAUGGAAUUCUCACACGAAACAAAAACUUCAGAUCAAAACCUGUUCUUCCAAAGCACUUGCUGGAGGUAAAUUCUUUGAAGCAUCUGACAAGACUCACCCUACAGGAUCGGAUUACCAAAUCCCUUCUUCAUCUGCACAAGAAGAAGAAACCUCCCAGUAUCAGCGCCCAGUUUCAGGCCUCCUUAAGCAAGCUGAUGGAGACACUUGAUCAAGCAGAACCAUAUUUUGUAAAAUGUAUUCGCUCCAAUGCUGAAAAGCUACCCUUAAGAUUCAAUGAUACUUUGGUACUAAGACAGCUUCGGUACACUGGAAUGCUGGAGACAGUUCGAAUUCGUCAAUCAGGAUAUAGCUCCAAGUAUUCUUUCCAGGAUUUUGUGAGUCACUUUCAUGUACUUCUUCCCCGAAAUAUUAUCCCUUCUAAAUUUAACAUUCAAGAUUUCUUCAGGAAAAUAAAUAUUAAUCCUGAUAAUUACCAAGUUGGAAAAACAAUGGUUUUCCUAAAGGAGCAUGAACGACAGCACUUACAAGAUCUGCUUCACCAGGAAGUGCUUCGAAGAAUUGUACUAUUGCAGCGGUGGUUUAGGGUCUUGCUCUCUAGGCAACAGUUCCUCCAUUUGAGACAGGCAUCUGUUAUUAUCCAGCGUUUCUGGAGGAAUUACCUAAAUCAGAAGCAUGUCAGAAAUGCGACUGUGAAGAAAGAUGCUUUGAUUAUGGCUAGUGCAGCAUCCCUUCUCCAAGCUUCCUGGCGUGCUCACUUAGAGAGACAGCGAUACUUGGAGUUACGAGCUGCAGCUGUCAUUAUCCAGCAGCGGUGGAGGGAACUGUGUAGAUGCCGACACAGGGCUGCUACCUGUAUACAGGCAAGGUGGAGGAGCUACAGGCAAAGUAAGAAGUACAAAGAACAAAGGAACAAAAUUAUCCUUUUACAGUCAACAUAUAGAGGAUUCAGAGCAAGACAAAGAUAUAAAGCUUUAAAAGAGCAAAAGCUAAAAGAAACAAAACUAGAGCAUGGAUUGGUGCAUAUCAAGGCAUGUGGAACUCUAGAAAUUCAGGGUUCAGACCCUUCUGAGUGGGAGGAUCGUUCUUUUGACAACAGAGUGAAAGCCAUAGAGGAAUGUAAAUCUGUGAUAGAGAGUAAUCGAAUUAGCCGUGAAAGUUCCAUGGAUUUCUCAAAGGAGUCUCCAGACAAGCAGCAUGAGAGAGGCAGAAGCCAAAGUGGUACGGACUUGCAGGAAGAAGUGAUUGUAAGACAGAGACCCAAGUCCUUGGAGGAUCUCCAUCAGAAAAAAGUAGGUCGAGCCAAAAGGGAAAGUCGGAGAAUGAGAGAAUUAGAGCAAGCUAUAUUUAGCUUAGAAUUGCUGAAAGUUCGCUCUCUUGGUGGUGUGUCUCCUUCAGAGGAACGUAGAUGGUCUUCAGAACUGGCUCCUGAAGGCCUGCAGUCUCCACAGGGUACACCUGAUAGUGAGAGUUCACAAGGAAGCUUAGAACUUCUGACUUGUGAGGAGAGCCAACAGAGCAAACCAAAGUCCCUCAUUUUAGAUGAGGGAGAAUUGAAGAUUCCAUCACCCAAUAUAUCUGCUAAUCCAAAAUUCCAUUCACAAGACAAUGUCCUCAGUGCCUCAAGGGACAGUAGCUCAGUAUUGACUAGAAAAGGAGCAUCUUGUGACUCAGAGCAUUUGAAGAAUGGGACUGCUAAGGAAAAGCUGGUCUGUUCUGAACCUAUCUCCUGUAAACCCCAGAUGAGAGACUCUUUUGUUUCAAGUAGUCUACCUACAUUUUUUUAUAUUCCCCAUCAAGAACCUUUAAAAACAGGUUUCCAACCAGACACAAGUAUCCAAAGAAACAAACUGCUGGAAAGAGAAGCCACUUUGAAUACAGCUAUUACUUUAGAUAUCAACAGGGAAGCCAGGAAGUGUCAGUUUUCAGGAGAUCAAGUGAUUCCUUUGAAUACAGAUGCUUCGUGUACUGUGCUUAAGAAGUUGGAAAAGCUGAAUACUGAAAAGGAGAAAAGGCAAAAGCAGUUACAGCAGCAGAAUGAAAAAGAAAUGAUGGAACAGAUUCGUCAACAGACAGAUAUUUUAGAGAAGGAACGUCAAGCCUUCAAGACAGUUGAACAGGCACGCACUGAGGAAUCUCUCUUGGCACCAUCUUUUUAUCAGCCAAGACAAAGAGUAGAAAGGCCAUCUUCUCUGCAUAUCCAAAAUACCCCAAGUGAGGGAGAAGUUGGUGUACUAGGUUCCCCAUCAGCAGUCAUUAAAAGAGAUACAUCUCUUGCCACAAAAGAUAGUUCCUCCAUUCAUUUACCUCCGAAAGACCGACCUGUCACCCUCUUCUUUGAAAGAAAAGGAAGCCCAUGCCAAUCAAAGACUGCCAGGGAAUUAUCCAAGGCAGAAAGAAUAGGCACCCAACAUGUUGCCUGUAAACUCUCUAAUAACCGCAUUACAGAAAGAGAACACUUUAGGUCAACUCACUCUUAUGGCCACAGACCUGAUGACCCUUCCAGAGGGGGAAAUUCAAGAGCCAUUUUCUUCACACCAAAAGACAAUAUGAUUAUUCCACCUGUACACAGUGGAAAUCCUCAAGUUCACAAACAAGAUGAACCAGCUUGGAAAUCUAAAUUUGCAGGGCCGGGCCAACGAGAGGUUGCCAGACCGGCCCAUAAAAAGAAAGCUCGAAUGGCGCGGACGCGCUCCGAUUUCUUGACUAGAGGUACUUUUCCCGAUGGGGAGGGGGAUACAGAGGAAGAUGAUUACGAUGACAUUAUUGAGCCCCUUCUCUCCCUUGACCAAGCUUCUCACUCUGAGCUAGGGCCUGUAUCCAUCCUGGGUCAGGCCUCUCACAGUGACUCCGAAAUGGUAAUUUUUGCAGCAAUAAGAAAAACAGCAAGCAGAUCUUCUCCGAGUAGUCUUUGCUUCAAGCAUAUCAAAAGGCUAAGGGAUAUUUUAAUAGAUGAAAUACAAGAAUAUUACUUGAAUAAACCCCAGAGAGCAAAGAUGAGAUUCUGGGCCAAAGGGAAACAAGGAGAGAAGAAGACUACUAGAGUAAAACCUGCUCCCCAGUCAGAGGUCUCGUCACUCUUUCCUGGCUCAGAUGGGACAUCUGCUAAUCCCUUUUCAGAUGAAUUAACUCAGUAUCACCCAACACCUCCUUUGAGCCCAGAACUGCCUGGGAGUUCCCGAAAAGAGUUCAAAGAGAAUAAGGAGCCUUCUCCAAAAGCAAAGCGCAAAAGAGGUGUGAAAAUCAGCAACGUGGCUUUGGAUUCUAUGCAUUGGCAAAAUGACUCUGUCCAAAUCAUAGCAAGUGCCAGUGAUUUAAAAAGUAUGGAUGAAUUUCUUCUGAAAAAGAUGAAUGACCUAGAUAAUGAAGACAGCAAGAAGGAUACAUUAGUGGAUGUGGUAUUUAAAAAAGCCCUGAAAGAAUUUCGGCAGAAUAUCUUCAGCUCUUACUCAUCUGCAUUGGCGAUGGAUGAUGGGAAAAGCAUACGAUACAAAGACCUGUAUGCACUGUUUGAACAGAUUCUGGAAAAGACCAUGAGGCUUGAACAACGUGAUUGGAAUGAAUCUCCAGUGAGAGUUUGGGUUAACACAUUCAAGGUGUUUUUAGAUGAAUACAUGAAUGAAUUCAAGACUCUGGAUAGCACAGCUUCAAAGGUACCUAAAACAGAAAGAAAGAAAAGAAGGAAAAAAGAAACUGAUUUGGUGGAAGAGCACAACGGCCACAUCUUUAAGGCCACCCAGUAUAGCAUCCCUACAUACUGUGAAUACUGUUCUUCCUUGAUAUGGAUAAUGGACAGAGCCUCUGUUUGCAAAUUGUGUAAGUAUGCUUGCCAUAAGAAGUGCUGUCUGAAAACCACAGCCAAGUGCUCCAAGAAGUAUGAUCCAGAGCUGUCAUCUCGGCAAUUUGGGGUUGAACUGUCUCGAUUGACUAGUGAAGACCGAGCUGUUCCUUUAGUGGUUGAGAAGCUCAUAAACUACAUUGAAAUGCAUGGGCUUUAUACCGAAGGUAUUUACCGAAAGUCUGGUUCAACUAAUAAAAUCAAGGAACUUCGACAAGGUCUAGAUACAGAUGCUGAAAGUGUAAACCUAGAUGACUAUAACAUACAUGUUAUUGCAAGCGUAUUCAAACAAUGGCUUCGUGAUUUGCCCAAUCCACUCAUGACCUUUGAACUCUAUGAGGAAUUUCUUCGAGCUAUGGGCCUUCAGGAGAGAAAGGAGACAAUCCGUGGAGUGUACUCUGUAAUUGAUCAGCUCUCCCGAACUCAUCUCAACACACUGGAACGCCUCAUCUUUCAUCUAGUUAGGAUUGCGCUACAGGAAGACACUAACCGAAUGUCUGCUAAUGCUCUGGCCAUUGUGUUUGCACCUUGCAUUCUCCGUUGCCCUGACACUACUGACCCACUGCAAAGUGUACAAGAUAUCAGUAAGACUACCACCUGUGUGGAGCUGAUUGUUGUAGAACAAAUGAAUAAAUAUAAGGCUCGUCUCAAAGAUAUAAGUAGCCUGGAAUUUGCUGAAAAUAAAGCAAAGACCAGACUAUCACUGAUUCGUAGAUCAAUGAAACCUGUACUAAUUGCAGUUAGAUUUAUGAGCAUUACCCGCAGUUCAGUCUCG